AUGCCGCCCAAGAAAUCUGUCGCCAACGGCGAUGUUGGCGAUGCUGGCGGUCCCUUCAAAUGGGAAGGUCCCAACCACGCGAAGCUCCUCCUUCUAACGCAAGGCCGCUGGGUCAAGCCAGACGAGUAUCCUCAGUUAUCUUCUGCAUUCCCUGGAACCUCAACUGGCAGCAUCCGCAACCGCAUCUCCGCCCUCCGCGUCAAACAACGCGACCUGUACCUCGAGCUCUCCUGGGAACUCCCCGAAGGCGGUGCGGGACACAGUGCGAAGAAGGCUUCUAAGAACAGCACUCCCAAAACAGGCACGCCUAAGAGGAAGGCAGGCGGUGGUCUCGAUGACGGAUUUGGAGAUGGUAGCGGGGAGGUAAAGACACCGAGCAAGAAGCCGAGAGGUAGGAAACCGAAAGCUGAGGUCAAGGAGAAGAACGUGGACAAGGAUAGUGUUGAGGAAGAUGCCGAGGAAGAUGUUGAGGUUGAAAAAGACUAUAUUCCCAUGGCUAAGCGUGUCAAGGAGGAGCCGGUUGAGGAGGUGGUUUAG